AUGGGCAAUCUGCAACCCCGGACAAUGGUUCGCAUCCGCAUCGGAUGCUACACUGCAUUAUUUCUGUGGAGUUCGCUCCUGGUCUUUGUGGCCACGCUCCGCCUCGUCUACACCCUUGACCCACGUCGUGAUCGCCGACUCGUCAACGAGGAACCAUUUUACGAUCACUCCAUUGUCGAACUUUGGAUAUCUGCAGCGCUCUCUAUCCCUUUUUCCCUCCUCAUAAUCUUUGUUCUUCUCUGCAGGAAGCGACUCAGUACACUGUCACGCAACUGGUUCGAGCUUACAUCGCUCGUCAUCCUCUGGUGCCUGUGGCUAGGCGGCGCUGCUUCUUCUACAAGCUUUUGGCCAGAUAUCAGCCUUUGCUAUACGACCCCUUGCUCCGUCUUGAAUGCAAUACUAGCCUUUAGUUGGGUUGGUUUUGCAACGCUCACCUUUCUGCUCUUUCCGGCACUCUACUAUGUCGCAAGAUUCCAAGCAUGGGAUCACCACGCCUUUGAACAAUGGACUCCACGACCCGUUAUACGUGAAGACAGGACUUUUGCAGAGCAGAAGGAUAUCGGAGCGAGAGAGAUCGUUUCAUGGACGUAUGAGACUCAAGUUGAGAGUCGUGUGUCGUACCGCCUUUCGACAUUCACAGACAUUCUCCCUUGGCUCGUCUGGAGCGAGCACAGCACACCAUUUUCGAGCAAUGAAGGUUCUAUCUUGCCAACUAGUCGUGGUCAAAAGGAAUAG